UCUGAUGGUAAAACCCAGAAAUUAAAGGCUCAGGCUCUCUUUACCUUAGAUUUAUCUACCAUAAUUUUGACGCUAAAUUACUUUAAAAAGUAAUUUAAACGUACAUUUUAGCUCGUAGUGACUUUCGGAUUUCCUAAUGUUUGUUCUAAAUAUGUCUGCUGUGGUUUGCGCGCCAGCUGUCGUUAUUUCAUUUUAACUUUUUCAUGUACGCCACAGAGUAACGCUGAGACCUCUUUUAAACGACCUUCUCUAGCGGGUAAAAGACUAUGAGUAAAGAGUCCAGAAUGAGGGCAACGGUAAACCAGAAGCUGACAGAGAUGGGGGAACGAGAGAGACUGAAGGAGUUACUCAGGGCAAAGCUCACAGAGUGUGGAUGGAAGGACCAGAUGAAAGCUCAUUGCAAAGAAGUAAUCAAAGAAAAGGGUUUGGAGCAUGUCACUGUGGAGGACCUGGUGGUAGAGAUUACUCCAAAAGGAAGAGCCUUGGUGCCAGACAGUGUCAAGAAAGAGCUUCUCCACAGAAUAAGAGCCUUUUUAGCUCAGCAUGCCACCUAAUUUUAACAAGUCCUCAGACCAUUUGCCUAUACUGUCAUAAUACAGAAGAUUUUAAUGAAUUUUCUUUUCAUCAUCUUUAAUUUUCAGUAACAUACUGACACACAAUUCUUUGUCUACAGUCAUCACUUAUUUGUAAAUGCACUUACCUUGCACAUUCAGUUGUCCUCUGUAUAUGAGGUAUGCCGUUUAAAUAAAGUGUUUGAUUUAUUGGA